AUGGGCGCCGCAGAACCCGUAGUGUUGCAGGGAGGGAACGAGAAAUUGGAGAGAGAGAAUGUGGAGUUGAAGGAUUUGGAAAUGGGGGAGGCCAAUAGUCGCCUCUUCAGCUCGCCCCCCACCGCACCCGUCCCCGGCUCAGCCGCCGCCGCCGCCGCAGCGCGGCUCAUCCUCGCCCCCUCCUCCUUCUCCUCCCAUGGAGCAGCCGCCGCCGUAGUAAACUCGCUCCAUACCCGCCCCACAGGAAAGCUGAUUGGUUCUAGUAAAUAUGAACUUGGAGGUCAUACACAGACUAAAUGCCGCUUGGAAUUACUUCAAUGGCUUUUCCUGUCCGGACAAGCUGCAUUUAUUGUUGGAGCAUGUUCAUCACCUUCCAUGGCAGAAGAUGUAUCAACAAGUUCUAAAAAUGAUACGAGCAAGGAUGACUUUAGUGGCUUGCGUAAAGUAGAGGAUGGAUCAGUGAUAUCGAAUGAGCAUACAUCUAAAUGGAGAGUUUUUACUGAUAAUGGACGGGAUUACUUUUCGAAGGGAAAUAUUGAUCAAGCUGAGAGAUUCUUUUUAUCUGCAUUACAUGAAGCUAAAGAAGGUUUUGGGGAAAGGGAUCCUCAUGUUGCCUCUGCAUGCAACAACCUGGCCGAGCUUUAUAGAGUCACAAAAGACUUUGACAAGGCGGAUUGCAUUGUUUGUAGGGACAUUAUUGAGGGAUGUUACUUUCAAAAAGGGAGGAAGAUCAAGAUGGAGAUGAGCGCGAAGGAAGCCUUUGAGAGGUCGAUGAGGACUUUGUCGGAGUGGAUAAGCCAGGAAGUGAAUCGAAAUAUAUAAUGAUCUUAGAUACUUGAUACUUGGUUCAUUCGGAUGAUAAUGUACGAAUAUUUUGAAUAAUAUAUAAUAUUGUUAUUGUUGAUUU